UUUUAAAUUUUUUUUUGCCUUAUUUUGUAUAACCAAGAAAUGAAAAAGGGCUAGUAGCUAUGGAGAAAUUUCUACCUUUUUUGCUUCUUUGCUUUUUAAUUUUUCUUUUAAAAGUUAAUGGACAAGGAGAUAUGAUAACUACCACUAAGUUUAUCAAAGAUGGUGAAACUAUUGUUUCUUCUGAUGGAACAUUUGAGUUGGGGUUUUUCAGUCCUGGAAAUACUUCUACAAAUCGUUAUGUUGGAAUUUGGUACAAGAAAAUUUCUGUUAUUACUCCUGUUUGGGUUGCUAAUAGGUUGGUUCCACUUACUAAUAAAUCCGGGGUUUUGAAAGUUAUUCAAUCUGACGGUGUUGCUCUUCAAAAUGUUACAAAUUCAACUAUUUGGUCGACAAAUUCAUCGAGAUCCGUGCAAAACCCCGUUGCGCAGUUGCUGGACACGGGGAAUUUUGUGUUGAGGGAUGCUAAUGAUACGAACCCAGAGAAUUUCCUCUGGCAGAGUUUUGAUUACCCUACUGAUACGUUGAUUGCGAAUAUGAAACUUGGAAGGGAUUUGGUUACUGGGUUUGAUAGGUAUCUUAGUUCAUGGAAAAGCAGUGAUGAUCCUGCUCCGGGGGAUUACACUUAUCAUUGUGAUCCUACGGGUUAUCCACAAGACGUUAUGCGAAAAGGGGCUGAUGUGAUUUAUAGAGCAGGGCCAUGGAAUGGUUUAAGGUGGAGUGGUGCACCUAAUAUGGUGAACAAUUCAAUCACUUCGUUUGGUUUGGUAAUGAACAAUAAGGAAAUUUAUUAUAAAUAUGAACUUGUGAACAAAUCCGUUGUUUCAGCUCUAGUAGUAAAGCCUAAUGGGAACACUAUGCGUUUGAUUUGGAUUGCGAAGACUCAGGGUUGGGUUAAUUACCAUUCUGCUGAUGCAGAUGACUGUGACACUUACAAAUUAUGUGGUGCAUAUGGGACUUGUAACAUUUUGAGUGAUCCUGUGUGUCAUUGUUUAGAUAAAUUUGAGCCAAAGCAUCAGGAUGAUUGGAAUAGGGCUGAUUGGACGAGUGGUUGUGUCCGGAAAAUCCCAUUGAAUUGUACUGGAGAUGGAUUUAUUAUGUAUUCUGGUGUUAAACUGCCUGAUACACGAACUUCUUGGUUCAAUGUGACCAUGAGUUUAGAUGAAUGCAGGGCGGUUUGCUUGAGAAAUUGUUCGUGUAUGGGUUAUACUAAUCUGGAUAUACGCAAUGGAGGAAGCGGGUGCUUGAUAUGGAUUGAGGAGCUGAUUGACAUCAGACAGCUAUCUCAAUCAGGACAGGAUAUCUACAUUAGGAUGUCAGCUUCAGAAAUAGGUUCUGCUGGAUCAAGUUCAAAGGGAGAUAAAUCUGUUAUACUUGCAGUAGCUUUGCCACUAUUGUUUGCGUUGAUUCUUCUAGGUUUAGGUGUUGGCCUGAUUCUUUAUAAACGGAGAAGGAGAGAGGAUCCAGUGGUUACGACAAGGGGGAGAUUUAGUGGUCACAACAACAAGAACGAUAACAGUAAUCAAAGUCACCAUGAAGAUUUUGAGCUACCACUUCUUGAUUUGCUUACAUUAAUCAACGCUACUGACAACUUUUCAAUUGCGAACAAGAUUGGAGAGGGUGGCUUUGGACUAGUUUACAAGGGUGUGUUAGAAGGGGGGCAAGAAGUAGCAGUGAAGCGGCUAUCAGAAACAUCAAAGCAAGGAUUUCAUGAGUUCAAGAAUGAAGUUAACUGCAUUGCUAAACUUCAGCAUCGAAAUCUUGUAAAGCUUCUAGGAUGCUGCGUUCAAGGAGAAGAGAAGAUGUUGGUCUACGAAUACUUGCAAAACAAGAGCCUUGAUAUAUAUAUAUUUGAUGAAGAAAGGAGCGCAUUACUUGAUUGGCCAAAGCGCUUCAACAUUAUCAAUGGAAUUGCUCGUGGACUGAUGUACCUCCAUCAAGAUUCGAGGCUCAGAAUCAUCCACAGAGACUUGAAAGCUAGCAAUGUCUUACUUGAUACUGAAAUGAACCCAAAGAUAUCAGAUUUUGGGAUGGCUAGAAGUUUCGGAGGAGAUGAGACAGGAGCCAAUACACGUCGUGUUGUUGGAACAUAUGGUUACAUGUCCCCGGAAUAUGCAGUCGAUGGGAUAUUCUCAGUGAAAUCAGAUGUCUUUAGCUUUGGAGUAUUAGUACUAGAGAUUGUGAGCGGAAAGAAAAACAGACGAUUUGUUCAUCCAGACCACCACCUCAACCUUCUUGGACAUACAUAUAUGCUACAUAAAGAAGGAAGAUCAUUGGAGCUAGUUGAUCCAAAACUGGUGGACUCAUGUAAUAUAUCAGAAGUACUAAGAUCAAUCCAUGUAGGUUUAUUAUGUGUUCAACAAAAUCCAGAGGACAGGCCAAGUAUGUCAACUGUGAUUAUGAUGCUGAGCAAUGAAGGCAUUUUGCCAUCAGCUAAACAUCCUGGCUUCUUUACUGAAAGGAAAAUUGGUGAUGUUGAUCAAUUUUCUUGGAGUACACAAACACCAAGUUCUAUUAAUGAAGUUACCAUCACAUUGUUGGAUGCUCGAUAAGAAGAAUGUCGAGUGAUUUCUCAGAUGAUCAUUCAACUAAUAGUUACUAUCUUAGAAAGUCACUUUCUUUGUUGAAAGAACAUUGAAAUGUGAUUUUAAGAGAUAACAACUAUUACUGAGUAACCAUCUGAGAAAUCAACCAGAAGAAUGUCAUAGUUGGUUCCAUCUUACAUCAUUUCGUAGAAUUGUAUUAAAAUCGUCUCCUCUUUUCUAUUUUAUUUAUUUAGUUAGAAAAUUUUGUAUUACAACAAUAUACACAGUGUGAUCCCAUUUGUAUUCUUUUGUAGUGAUAUAUUUGUCUACAUUU